AUGGACUCAUACGUUCACACUCGACAUCCUGAAGAGGGCCCUGCCAUAGAGAUGAAUGCAAUAGCGUAUGAUUCCCCCACAGCUGAUUUGGAUACCUCCCCGCUAGCCAGUCAGCCCGUAGCGCACCAUGAUUCCAUAUCCAACCACAGUGAAAACGAGAGACUUCUUGACAAUGAUACACUUCCUCGUUACGCUCAGACGAAGUUUCUCUCGAGGUACAUUCCCGAGGCCGACCCGAACCACGAACGCGCCCAGACCUUUCGAGUAAAGAUGGCGAAACGAUCGAUGAUGUUGUACAUCCAACAAGGUCUUGCGUACACAGUCGUCCUUGCGAAUAUUAGCUUCACGAUAUGGGCCUUUGCUGAGCACAGGCCUGUGCGAGGAAUCGGGACUCUUAUGACGGGAGACUGCACAGUUAUUUCACGACUGAAUGCUGGAUUGCAUCUGCUCCUGAAUAUUGUCUCAUCACUCUUUCUAGGAGCCGGGAACUACUGCAUGCAAAUACUCGUGGCCCCAUCUCGGGCAGAGAUAGAUGCGGCGCAUCGGAAAAGUAAUGCUCUCGACGUUGGGAUUCCCAGCUUCCAUAACUUCCGUGCGAUUGCAAGAGCGCGCGCCUCGCUGUGGUUGGGGAUUGGGAUAACUGCAACAGCACUCCACCUCUUUUGGAACUCCGCGAUUUUCGCAUCGAUUCCUUUCACAGUGUUUCCUGUAGCUAUCGUCACCGCCGACUUUCUCACCUCCGUGGAUGAUUGGAGUGUGACCCAUCCGAUUCCGGAGUCCUCGGAUUACUUCGAUCGGAGAUGGUCCAUAUACGACCUGCAUUUGGCAGGCCAGGGUUUCACGCAUCUCAACAAUACGCAAUGCAUACAACAAUACCUAGAUCCUCUUAACUCGACUGCCGACCUCAUACUUGUUUCCAAGGAUACGGCAGAACAAAACAAUGGUUCGUCGCUCCUACACGGGUGGAUUAGCGGUAGUGACUUCGUGCACUGGCAGUCAGCCACUAGAUGGGUGUGCGUAGCCCACGAAGACUAUAACUGGAACCACUACUGCUCGCAGGACGACAUCUCGCAGUAUGCAGAUAGCUGGAAAGUUCCCUCAUUUAAUAAAACUUGGGCACCGAUUGAGUACUGCUUGGCUGGGCCAUCGGGUAACAAUGCAGAAAGAUGUGGGUUUCAUUACAGUGCUGUCAUCUUGGUCCUUGUCUGCGUUCUCACCCUUAUCGAAAGUAUCUUCAUCACAUGGACUGCGAAGAGACACGAUUCGCCCACUAUGGUCACGACCGGAGAUGCAAUAGCGGAAUUUCUCAAACGGCCUGAACACGGAAACGACACUCUUCUCAGCUCAAGAACGAUCCAGGAGACGAGAGCAGAUACCGGAAUGAAUACGGCUGUGUGGAGGAGUCGGAACAAUGACAUCGCUCGAUGGUUUCAUGCCGUCGAUGGUUCAUCUUGUUCUGCAGGCGCACUUCUUAUCGGUGUGGUCUGUUUUAUCCAAGCUGUGCUGUUCUUCAGAUUUCAAUCUCUAUCCAUAUCGCUUCCAUCACUGUGGCGCUACGGCUUCGGCAAGGUCAACCCCUUUGGCCUAGUGAGCGGCAAGCUAGCGCGCGCAGCGGGCACCGCAGGGCUCCUAUCUCGCAUAUUGUUCGCAAACAGCUUCCAGCUGCUUGUAUCUCUGUGCUACCUCUUCUUGAACCGCCUUCUUACCGCCCAAGUAGCAACUGCCGAGUUGUUCCGCUUUCUGAAGAAAAAGAAGCCCCUCCGCGUGUCUUCCCCAGAGGGCAUGCAGCGAUCCUCCUACAUGCUCUCGCUACCGUGGCGCUUUGCCGCACCCGCUGUCGCCGCAUUCAUCUUGCUGCACUGGCUCGUCUCGGGAAGCGUCUUCGUCGUGCAAACGAGUGCCUAUAGCUCCGGCCCCGAUGGACAGAGGAUCUACAAGUCCGACGCAUCCCGUAUCGGCUUCUCUCCGAUUGGCAUCCUGUUCGCAGUGUGCGUCGGAGUAGUAGUGUUAGUUGUUCUUAUCAGCAACAGUUUCAGGACGUAUGGGGACGUUCCCAAGAGCUUGGUUCUCUUUGCCACGAAUAGCAGGGAAAUUAGCACCUUUUGCACGCCUAGCAGCGAGGAUACUGAUGCAUGGCUGUUUCCCGUAAGCUUUGGUAUUGUGUCCGACAGUGAAGGAGAAAGGGUGACUUUUUCUAGUGACGUGUAUUUAUUACAUCCGCUUGAGGGUAAUAGGGAGGUUUAG